GCUCAGCAGUGCGGACGCCAAGGAAAAUCGCUGCGGCCCCCGUGCAUUUUGUUUGUGCUGCGCGCGCGGUCGAAAAGUGGCAGAAAUCGCAAUUGAUUUCCACCGAAUUUCUAUUAAAUCGUAUCGCUCGGGUGCCCAAAAACCAAUUGAUUUGUGUGUGAGUGUGUGAAAGUGAGCGCGAAGUGCGUGAAAAAAUGCAAUAAUCCGGGGGGAGGAAAGUGGAAGAGGAGGAACAGUGAAAAGAGGAACUGCUGGGAAAACCAAAAGAGGAACUGCCGUUCUAGCCCGGGGAAAUGCAGAAAACCGCAGCCACCGCAGCCACCGCAGCCACCGCCAACAUGCAGCAGGCGGCGGAUCUUGACUUUGAUUUCCACAUGCCGUGUCGCUACUUCAAAAGUUCUUUUGCGCGUUCGCUUUCGCUGAACAACAACAACGGCAGCGGCAGCGGCAGCGGCAGCAGCGCCUUGGCAUUGCCCAAGAAGCCGCCGGCGAACGAGGCCAAGCAACAACAACCGCCGGCGAACCAGGGGGCGCUGCAGGGGGACGGCGAGCAGGACUCCCCCUGCGCCACCCCGCCGCCCGCCCUGCCAGCGCGACGUCACACCGCCAGCAUGCUGCACUUUGGCGCCGCUAAUCAGCUGCACUCCGCCGCUGCCCCGCCGCAGCCACCACACGCGCCCCCGCACGCCCCACCGCCGACACCAUCCGCCAGGAGCCUCAAUCUCGCCUGGCCAGUGCAAGCGACUCCUCAGCCAGCGCAGCAGCAGGAUGCCAACAUCUUGGCCGCCGCACCCAGCCACCACAUCCAGAGCCACAUCUACGACUUGCCACAUCAGCACCACCAGCAGCAACAACAACAUCUGCAGCAGCAGCACCACCACCACCAGCAGCAGCAGCAGCAGCAGCAGCAACAACAUCAACUAAAUGUCGAGGCUGUCAUAUUGCAGAAUCAGGUGGAUACAUUGCAUUGGCAAUUGAAACAGACCGAAACCAACUGCGAGAUGUACCGCGCGGUGAUGGAGGAGGUGGCCCGCUUCUUCGAGCGCUACCAGGUGCAGCAGCAACUCCAGCAGACCCAUCGCAAUGGCGAGCAGAUCGCCCGCUCCAAGAGUCUCCACCAUGUCCACGGGGUGGGCAACAGCUCCCUGCAGAGCGAUGCCCGAGAUGAUGACGCCUCCAGUGCCGGAUCCGCCUCGUAUCUGCGCGCACGGAGCAGUACCAAUUUGGUGUUGAAUAAAUCAAUGCAUGCCAUGAAUGAGGAGCAUAAUUACGAGACGAUUGCGCCAGCUGGCAGCUAUAAUGCCUUUAAGGAUUUUACCUGGCGUCGCUCUCCGAAGAAAUCCGGUGGCAGUGGUGGCUGCAAGGCACGUCUGACAGCUCCAGAGGCAGCCGAGGAGAAGCUGAACCAGGAGGCCUUCCGGCUGGCCAGAACCAUCAGGAACCUGCUGCACACCUCCGAACAGCAGCCGGAUCUCACGCAGCCGCGUCACUCGCUGGCCUCCAUUUCAUCGCUUCCCUCGGGAAAUCAUCGCCUGUGCAAGGGGAAAACCAGUUCGGUGAUGACGCUGCUGACACCACCGUUGCACAAUUCCACAAGCAUCAUGAAUGCCACUCUGGAGGCCCCAUCGCCGGCCGGAAAAUCCAAUGCGGAACUGAUCUUUCUGCGGGCCAACAACAUGAGGGACUCGAGGCUGUCGCUGCGCAGCUCCACCGACAGUUCCGUGCAUUCCACCAUCUCCUCGACGGCCUCCUCUUCCUCGAAAGUGGAGACGGAUGAGGAGACCCAGACCCCGACCACCGCCAGCAACAUAGCCAUCAGCAGCAGUAGUAUCAAGCCCACCAGCAGUAAGCAGAGCGGUUCCAGUACCGAGGAUGAGAGUGGUUUCAGUUCGAUUAGCUCCUUCCACGACGUGGGCUUGCCCCUGAGUUCCACCCUGAUGAAUGGCAGCCAGAGACGGGUCUCCAUGUCCUCGGACAGCAGGAACUCCACUCUAAAAUCUGGGCUAAACAUGGUAGGACUGCCCAUGCAAACUCAGAGUCAAAUUCAAGUGCAGGCUCAGAUAUCCAGCAGUCAAUCGCCCUCGAAAACAUAUCGCAAUGCGAAUCGCUACCAGCGCUUCUCCACUCUAUCAAACGAAGAUGCAGCCGCUGUACUUUGGGUCUAAAAAGCUGAAUAAUCUAUUUUCAAAACCAUUUUUGAAGGACUAUAAAAAUCGACAUGCUCGAAAAUUGUUUUUGAAGUAGGCUUGAACCUUUAUUUAAUUUUGUAUACCCCGUAGCUUCUUAGUUUUGUUUUUCUCUAGUGCCUCCGCUUAGUGUUUAGUUGACCACUUUUAAAGAGUGCUUAAUUUUAAAUCGUACAUGUUAUCAUUUAAUUUUUUUAAGAACCAAGCGCGCAUUUCUAUUUUA